AUUAGUUGUUAAUGAGAUGUCUCUUAAAACAUGGUUUAAAGCGAAUUGGCGACUUGUGAUUCUUAUUUUGAUACCCCUUCUGUUUAUGCCAAUACCAAUAGUACUGAAGACUAGCGAGGCAAAAUGCGCUUAUGUUCUUAUUAUUGUUGCGUCGUACUGGAUGUCGGAUGUAUUACCAUUGGCCGUUACAUCAUUGCUACCAGUUGUAUUGUUACCUCUCUUUGGUAUUUUAAGAGCUAAGGAUGCCAGUAAGACUUACUUUAAAGAUUCUACUAUGAUGUUUAUGGGAGCUAUCAUGGUUGCUUUAGCAGUUGAAAAGUGCAAUCUUCACCGCCGUAUAGCUCUGAAAAUUUUGUUAAUUGUUGGCGAAAGGAAACCUAAUUUAAUAUUUGGCUUUAUGCUGGCUACUUGGUUACUUAGUAUGUGGAUUUCAAAUACUGCAACGACGGCUAUGAUGCUUCCUGUAGCUGAAGCCGUACUUUCUCAAUUAAGUGGAUUCGCUGACGAAGAUUACAGUAAUUUCGGUAAAUCUUUAGCUAUAUGCAUAGCUUACGCGGCAAACUGCGGUGGAACCGCAACGUUGACCGGAACAGGCUCAAAUAUGGUAAUGAAAGGAUUCGUCGAUGAUCUAUAUGAAAAGCACAACGUCACAACUGCACUAACUUACACGAACUAUCUUGGCUGGGGUUUGCCAAUAGCUUCUAUGAUCCUUAUAUUAACUUGGUUAUGGCUAUCGAUACUUUUUCUUGGCUUUAGGGAAUUUUUUUCAUGCUGUCGAAGAAAAAAAACAGAUUUGGAACGAAGGGAUCAUGGAAUUCAAGAUAUGAUAAAAGAGGAGUAUACAAAACUCGGAAAUAUGAAAUAUCAAGAAAUUGUUGUCAUUGUUAUAUUUACUACUUUGGUUCUCCUAUGGUUUUUUAGAGAACCUCAAUUUAUGACAGGUUGGUCGGCAGCAUUUAGGCCAGGGUACGUUACGGGAGCCGUUCCGUCAAUACUUUUAUCUACUCUCAUGUUUAUUAUACCGACAACACGUCCAUUCAGCAAAAGUGCAGACGAUAGAGAUUAUAUUCUUACGUGGCCUUUUGUCCAAAAUCGCAUGCCUUGGGGGAUUGUACUACUCUUUGGGGGUGGUUUUACAAUGGCUGAAGCUUGUUCAAAAUCUGGUUUAUCAUCAUUGAUUGGUGAAAAGUUGGCAACUUUUGACAGAUUACCAAGUGCGGUAAUGGUUGGUCUAAUAUGUCUGCUUGUAGCUAUGCUCACUGAGGUUACAUCAAAUUCUGCAACAACAACACUACUUAUGCCAAUAAUGGCUAGUAUGGCAGAGAAUAUGAAAAAAAAUCCUCUAUAUCUCAUGUUACCUGUCACAACAUCAACUUCUUUUGCUUAUAUGCUUCCAGUAGCAACGCCGCCAAAUGCUAUUGUCUUUUCAACAGGGCGUUUAAAAGUUGUAGAUAUGAUAAAAGCCGGAUGGAUUUUGAAUAUAUUUGGAGUUUUAAUAGUAACACUGGGCACUCAUACAUGGGGGAUGGCUAUAUUUAAAUUUAAUCAAUUACCAUGGCAGAUUAACAACUCUACUAGAACCCUAUAA